CUUUAUCUAUCCAUUUUUUUUUUUUUUUUUUUGCUUACAAUAUUAUUGAUAUCAUAUAUGACUUCUACCAUUGAUAAUAUACUUAUAUACAUACGUUGGACAGAAGGUUCUGAUCUUCCUUUACAUGUUGCUCCGUUUUCCGACACUCCUGCAAAUAUAAAAAACUCGAUAUAUCAAGUUAAUCCAAAUACAACAAAUAAGAAACUAAGGCUUAUAUAUAAUGGCAAGAUCUUGGAUAAUGAUUCAAAACCAUUAAAUGAAUAUGGACUUCAAAUAUCAGGUUCCUUCAUCCACUGUGUUGUUUCUGAUCAUGUACCUGUUAAUUGUUCAAAGUCUAUCAAAAGGAAAACUGAUAGUAUUCGAGGUUUUGAUCGAUUAUUAAACUCAGGUUUCAAUCAAGAGGAAAUCCGUAGUAUUCGAACACAGUUUCAUAGGAUGCAUCAAACACCUUAUGAUGGACAAGAACCUACAGAACAAUUAUUACAAUUUGAAGAACAAUGGAUGGAUCAGACAGGUGAAACAGUACCAGAAGGAACUAUUCAAGGUACUUACAAAGAAAUGAUGUGGGGAUUAAUGUUAGGUUUCUUCUUGGGUAUUCUUUGUGUCUUUUGGGUACGUGAAUCAGUAUUUACUCGGCGUCAUCAACUUGGAAUUCUUGCAGGCAUGUUCCUUAACGUCUCUUUUGGUUACAUGCAUGUUUAUCAUUGAACUCAAUUUCUUCCUCCUCUUUCAUUAUUAUUAUUAUUAUUAUUAUUAUAUUAUUAUUUAUUAUUUUAUCAAAAUUGUAUUCCCC